GAAGUGAUGGAGCAGCAGACCGUGAGCGUGGCGAAGGCUGGCAUCGUGUGCUCCUUGAACGCGCGCACCGCCAUUUUAGCCUCCGCCAAUCCGGCGGACUCCUGCUACAAUCCCAAGCUCUCGGUGGUGGAGAACAUCAAAUUGCCGAAGAACCUUAUGACGAGAUUCGACUUGAUCUGGCUGAUGCUGGAUAAGCGGCACCGCGACAACGAUCAUCGGCUGGCGAUGCAUUUGUUGUCCAUGUACUCGGAGGGUGAGAAGAAACAAGUGGAGCCCGAGGUGGAUGCGGAGACCUUCCGGCGCUAUGUGUCCUUUGCUCGGCAGUGGGUCUUCCCCACCAUCUCCGACGAGGCGGCGGAGGUCCUGAGCGCCAGUUACAUGGACUUGCGGAACCAAGGCUCUCGCGAGGUGAUCACGGCCACUCCACGGAUCCUGGAGUCCCUCAUCCGGAUCUCUGAGUCUUUGGCCAAGAUGGAACUACGAGAGUCUGUGCUGGCAUCAGAUGUGAACGAGGCCGUGCGUUUGCUGAAAGCCGCCACCUAUGCAGCAGCCGUAGAUCCGGAGACAGGGCUCAUUGAUUGGGAACAGCUCAUUGUUGGUGUCAGCGCCGGCAAGCGCAAGCGCAUGAAGGAGGUGGAGGCCUUGUUGCAAGAGUUGCUGACGGAGAAGGGCGAGGCCAUGAGAGAAGACAGUGUCAAGGCGGCGCUCAACGAGAAGCUGGGCGAGCGCAAGGAGCAGCUGCUGAACGACGCAGAGUUCUCUUCCGCCCUGCGGGCGGCUGAGCAAGCUGGCAUUCUGAGACGACAGGGGAAGAUGAUUGAGCCAGCAGGUCCCAUCUCUGGAUAAGGGGCUCAAGAGCCGAACAGCUCGAGCCGAUCUGUUUUUUUCUCGCACAUUGGUAGACGAGACAGUCCGCUUCGCUGACUGUCUGAUGGGGAAGCCAAUUGAAGAGAAUCUUAUUAAUCACGUGCCUCCAUGCUUGUCAGCAGGGUGUG